AUGCCGCCCGCGGUGUCCCAGGCGCGACUGAUGCAGAAACCGCACUCCCCAGCUCUGCUGGAGAAGGCGUCCGCAUCGGACUUGGACACUCUCCAGUUGGAGGUCCUCUCCGAACCCGAGAAGGAUGACAAGAAGGCCACAGACAGCAAGGAAGUCACCAAGGUGGACAAGAAGGAGGAACCUGAGAAGAAAGACGACAAGAAGGAGGAAGACAAGAAAGAAACGAAGGAAGUGAGCAAGAAGGAGGACAAGAAGGAAGAAGACAAGAAGGCCGACGACAAGAAGGACGACGACCAGAAGGAAGUGGACAAGAAGGACCAAGACAAGAAAGAAGCAGACAAGAAGGAAGAAGACAAGAAAGCCGACGACAAGGACGACGACAAGAAGGAAGUGGAGAAGAAGGAGGAAGACAAGAAGGAAGCGGACAAGAAGGAAGAAGACAAGAAAGCUGUCGUCAAGAAGGAGGAAGACAAGAAGGAUGAUGACAAGAUCGAGAAGGAGGUUGAGAAGGAGAUGGAGAAAGAAGAGGCGCAGGAUGCCAAGAAAUCCAAGAAGCAGGACGGCAAGGAGGAUGAAAAGGUCGAUGUCACCGUCGUGGUGGACGACAAGGACGAUGAGAAGCCUUCCUCCAAGUCGGAGAUCCACGACCCUUAUGACCAGGGCAAGACUAAGAUCGUGCCCGAGGAGGUGAAGAAGGAAGAGAAAGCGACCGGACCCGAGGUAACCGUGCACAACAAGGGCCCUCUUGAAGACGACGAGAAGGUUGAUGUCACCGUGGUGGUGAAUGAGACCAAGGGUUCGACGGCUACGGAGCCAAACAAGCCAGAGGUAUCCGUCGACGUCCACACCAAGGAAGUGGUCGUGAGCGAUGUCAAGACCACCACCGAAGAGGCAAAGAAGGAAGAGGAAAGGAGCUCUACUGGCAGGGCAGUGAUCUCUUUGGCCCUGGGUGUUCUGGGUUUCGCAGUGGCGCUCUGA